AUGGAAUAUUUAGAUAAUAUAAUUUUUAUUGAUAAGUAAAUAGCCAUAUUUGGCACUUUAGAAGAAAAAUUUUAUCUUUAUGAUAUUAGAUAAGAGAAUUAAAUUAAUGAUUCAAUUAAUAUAAUAGAUUUUAGUAAAUUACAUUUAUAAGUUUAUAAUAAUACACAUUAUAUUUUAUUUAAUAUGUAAAAUGAAGAAGCCUCUUUAGUAGAAAUUGGAUUUGAAAUAAAUAUUACUAAUAAAUUGGAAUUUACUAAGUGUUUAUUGAUAGCUGAAAAUUGGAUAUCAAAAGCUGAAGUAAAGGUAAUCAUUUAAUAAGAAGAAUUUAAUAAUAUUUAAAAUAAAAAAAAUAUAAUAAUUAUAUCUAUAAGUUUAAUAUUCAUAUUAAUAGUUUGCCUUAUUUUUAUAUUAAGAAGAUAAUAAUUAAAAAAUCAAUAAUUAAAAUAAUUUUAGUCAAUAUCAUUUGAUUAAUCAAAAAUAGAAUGA